CCAACGCUUCUGAAGAAAUGAUAGAACAGCUGCAAGCACGCCUUGAAGACAAUGCUACUUCUACUGUCAUAAUCAAUAAUAACUUACUUGGCAAAGAUACCUUCCAGCUAAAUGAGAAUAUGAUAGAAGAUAUCAAGCAGUUGAUAUCAAAUAUUCGACCUUUUCCAAUAAUAGACCUAACAACAAAAGAUGUCUAA